AUGUUCAAGUCCGACGAGUACCCGACCUAUGAGGACCUCUUCGACCGGCUCUCAAGCUUUGCAAGCACAAAACACAGCUUGCACAUCAGUCGUCGUGAGCUCAACCAGAAGAAGCCGGUUCAGAAGGAUCCCAAUGCCAUGGACAUCGGUGCGGUGAGCAAAGGCAAGGGCAAGUCCAAAGAUGUCACUUGCUAUCGCUGUGGACGUCCUGGUCAUCGAGCAGCAGAUUGCCGAAGUGGAGGCAAAGGUGGUAAAGCCGGACGAGGAGCCCAAUACAAGCGAAUGGACAAUGUGCAGUGUUGGGUCUGCAAUGGCUAUGGACACUAUGGGAAGGAUUGCAGACAUCGCUCGAAAGGUGGUGGAAAGGACAAGGGCAAGGACAACAAAGGCGGCAAGAACAACAAGGGCAAGGGCUAUGGUGGCAAUGCUACGUCUUCAGUUGAUGAUGCUCAGCCUGCAGGUGAACCAGACCCCAAAGACCUAGCUCACCUUGAUCUUUGUGCUGUGGAUGGUGGAGUUGGAAUGGACUAUGGGUCGAGUAGCCGAUCCGAGGAGGAGAACAUGGGUGUUGAGGUUGAAGAGGAGAAGCCAGACUAUUUGGUGGAGUAUGACGGCGAGGAGUGGAUUCGUUUCAACUAUGACUCUGGGGCUGUGAGCACCGUGAUUCCUGUGGAGAUGGCUGAGGAAGACCUUGAGUUGCACAGAGUGGGGGACUUCAAGGUGGCGAAUGGUGACCGCAUCCCGCGGUAUGGACGCGUUCGGAUGAAGGUGAUGGAUGAGCGCGGCAACAAGCGGGGCAUCAGAGCUACGGUCACUCACGUUCACAAACCCCUUGGUUCUGCUGGAGAAUUCAGCCGAAAUCACGAUGCUUGGCUUUGGAAAGAUGGUGGAGUUCUACUACCUCGACAUGGGGCUUUGGCAACGAGAAUGCGCAAUGUCUACAAGGCCCUGUGCAACCAAUACAGUGAUGAUCAGGUGAUUCCCCUCUACAAAGAAGGCAACCUGUACAACUUCUAUGUGCAGAAGCGUGGCAAGAUGGAUGAGGCUGAGGAUUUAGAGGUGGACAAUGGUGGUGGUGAUGUUAUCAACCAGAUGCGUUGGAAGGGUUGGCAGAUGAUGAGGGUCGGUCUUGACCCGAUCAGUCCCAAAUGGGAAGCCUAUGAACCUAGCAGUUUUGGACCACCACCUGGAUUACCUGAUGGAGUUGUUUGCUGGCAACGGCGUGACUAUGAUUGUUUCACUUUUCGGGGCACGACUGAGAAUGGCCCCGAUUGGCAUGAUGUUGUUUGGAGGAGGGGCAUCAACGAGGAGACGAACCAGAUUUUUGACGAACCCUCGGUGCUUGGCUCUGACUUCAACAUCCACGGUCAUUUUGACCCUAUGGUGCGAAAGAUGAUCACUGAGCUUUGGCAUGUUCCCUUGGCUGAAGCUCAGGGUGUGGUGAGGGCUGAUCGGUCUGAUCGGCCGAGCAAGCGACAGAUUGAAGAGCACGAGUUGGAGAACCAUGCAGUGUAUAGGAAUUGGUGUCCAGUUUGUGUUGAAGCGAGGGCAACAGGCAGCCGUCAUCGUCCUCGAACCCAACAAGAAAAGGAUGAGCGUGGGCCUACGAUCCAUGCAGAUUUCUUUUACAUGUCUACUGAGGAGGACUCGGUGCCGUUCCUCGCACUCAAGAGUGGCGUUUCUGGAAGGCUUCAUGCGGUGGCACUCCAGAGCAAAUCUCCAGAUGACUAUGUGCUGAAGGCCUUCGCCCGUUUUGUGGAGGAGACCGGGCACAAGCGAGUUGUUUUCAUGAGUGACAACGAGCCAGCGUUGGUGAAGCUCAAGACCAUGGUGGAUGAGCACUUGAAGAAUGUGGAGGUGGUUCAUAAGACGUGUCCAGUUGGGGACCAUGCGGCCAAUGGGUCAAUAGAGGUUGCAGUGCGUGAGAUCAAGCGUCAGAUGCGCUCUUUGAGAUUGUCUUUGGAGAGGGAGUUGAGUUGCAAGCUCAACGAUGACAAUGUGCUUUUGUCUUGGAUGGCCUCUUUUGCGGCUCAGGUGAUCAACUGCUACAGGCGAGAUGCUAGUGGCAAGACAUCCUAUGAGAAGGAGUUUGGGCGGAAGUGGAUGAGACCAGCUUUGGAGUUUGGCGAGCUCACCUACAUGAGGGAAGCUGUUGAGCGGCAGAAUCGUCCCAAGCGGGAAUGGGAACAGCGGAUGAUUGAGACGGCCUACGACUUGGUGCUGCAGUUCGACGAGUUGGUGAAGGUCUUCGAUGGCAGAGUGAGGGCAUCGAAGAGUUGGCUGGGCUUCCUAGCUUGGGAUGUGAAGAGGAAGACACCAGGUGUUCCUCGUGAAGGGGGUGAACGAGCUCCACGGCUUCCACCUCCUGUCCCAGAGACUCCAGAUGCUCGUGGGUUCUAUGUGCAGAAGAAGGACAUCACAGAGCAUGGCUACAUUCCUGGAUGUCGUGGCUGCGAAGCCGUGAGAAAAGGGGCUAAGAGGGCAGUGGCUCACAAUUCAGAGUGCAGAAAGAGAAUCUUUGAUGAGGUUGGCAAGCAGGCUGCGGAGAAGCAUCGAGUGGCGCGUUUUGAGGAUAGAAUGGCUGGACGUUUGGAGCGUCGCAUUGAGUUUGAGGAGGAGCAGGAGAAGAAGAAACCCAAAGUUGAAAUGUUGCCACUGGAAGAUAAGAAGGAUGAGGUUGUGCCAGCUGGGCGUGAGAAAAGAGUUGAACCAGAGAGCCCAAGUGCGAGUGUUGGUUCUCCGAGUGGCUCACCUUCGAAAAGAUGGAAGGCUGAUGGCCACAUGAAGUACAAGCGUGUGGCUGAGACUCCUUUGGAGGAGUUGGAUGAGCGUGCUGCAAGUGGAAGUGCUGAGGCUGAAGUGGUUCCUGCUCAAGCUUCAGCUGCGGUGCCGGAUGUUCCUCCGGUGAUUUCAUCCAAUGCUGUUUCAGUAGAGGAUGUGGUGGUGGCCGAAAAGAAGGGAGCUACUGAUGGUGGAGGUGACGUCUCUAGCAUUGAUUGGGGUGCCUAUGAGACUGUUGACACGAGCACGGUGAAGUGGAGAGAGAUCUCUUCAUUGGACUAUGCUGCGAGGAGGUUGGAGUCGAGGAGGUUGGAACUUGGAAGUGUGGACGUGGCCGAGGUCUUCAGUCCACCGAGGUUUGUUGCGCGAGCUGGGAUCCUGGGCUUGUCUCCGGGGUUUUCUGUGGACCUCUCGACGAAGAAACCAAUCCUGGGCAAGGAGAACGAGUACUGGGAUUUGAAUCGUGCAGAAGACCGCAAGGAUUUGAACUACCUCAUUGAAAAGGAGCAGCCGUUUUUGCUGACUGGGAGCCCGAGAUGUGACCCCUUUAGCGUGUUGCAGAACAUCAGCAAGCAUCGAGAACGUGGGCCUGACCAUGAGCUACGACGGCGUCAGGGUGAAGAACACCUUGACUACAGCGUUGAGCUCUACAAGAAGCAGAUGGAUGAUGGGCGAUACUUUUUGCAUGAACAUCCAGCAGGUGCAGAUUCGUGGGACCGAGACAGCGUGGUUGGACUUCAGAACCUUGACGGUGUCUACACGGUGAGCGGUCCCAUGUGUUGCUGGAACAUGGCGAUUGGGUCUUCAAAGAAAGGCCGUGGCAAGGUGUACAAGAUGACACGUUGGAUCACGAACUCAAGGGAGAUUGCAAAGGUCUUGGACAAGUAUUGCACCAACCGCCGAGGUGGACCUAUCCAUCGGCAUGUUCCUUUGGUUGGUGGCAUUGCUAGAUUGUGCGAGGCAUAUCCUUUGGAGUUGGUGGAUGCAGUGUUGGAGGGGCUCAAGAAGCAGAUGCUUUCAGACCGGGCCAUUAGCUCAAUUGAGCUACAUGCUAGUGGGCCGGUUCCGACUGAGCCUCUGUUUGAUGAGAAAACUAUGAGUGAGAUGGCUGGCGAGGUGAUGGACUACUACGACGACAUCAGCGGUGAGAAGUUGCCCUAUGACCUGGUUGUCAAAGCACGGCAGGAGGAGAUCAAUUGGGUUCGUAGUAUUGGCCUCUAUGACAAGGUCCCUCGUGCAGUUGCACUUCAACGUGGAGUGCGUCCUCUACAAGUCCGUUGGGUAGAUGUCAACAAAGGUGACCGAUCUCACUACAAAGUGCGCAGCCGAAUUGUCGGCAAAGAGCUCAAGUCAAAGACCAGGGAAGCGCUAUUGGCACAUGAGCUUUUUAGUGCGACACCGCCCUGGGAAACAGUUAAGGGACUGUUCUCGCUUCUGGUGACGGACCUUCCCGCGGCGAUGACUGGCGGUGAACCUUUGGUGAUGGGUGUCUACGACAUUUCAAGGGCUCACUUCAUGCCUGCGGUCGAGCGGGAGAUCUACAUAGAGUUACCAGAUGAAGACAAGCUGGAUGGCGAUGGUGAUGUGGUUGGUAGGCUGAAGCGCAACAUGUAUGGUUGCCGUGAUGCUAGCCAUGGUUGGAUGAAAGAUUGGCAAGCGCUUUUGGCCAGUGGUGGUUAUCAAGUUGGUGAAGCCAAUCCUGCUUUGUUUUUCAAUGAGGACAAGUUCUCACGUGGAGCAGUUCAUGGUGAUGAUUUUUACGUUUUGGGCCCGAAGUUUGCGAUUGAUGACAUGAAGGAGUUGCUUGGGUCCAAGUAUCAGAUGCGAGAAGCUCACCGACUUGGUUUUUCUGAAGGUUGUGUUCGCAGUGCAACGGUGUUGAACCGUGUCGUUGAGCUUGGUGAGUCAGAUGGAAGAAAAUGGGUUCGAAUUGAGCCCGACAAACGCCAUGUGGAGUUGAUUUGGAGAGCCGUUGGAAUGAACUCAAAGUCCAACGGUGUGACGACUCCUUCCAUCAAGCCUACAGAUGAGCAGGCGCACCAGCUGCAGUUCUCUCCUGAGUUGCCUGCGGCGCAAGCGUCCCAGUAUCGAUCAGCUGUUAUGAGGGCUAGCUUUUUGUCCCAAGAAAGGAGUGAUUUGAGUGAGACAGUGAAGAGGUUGGCCCAAGGCAUGUCGAAGGUUCGUUUGGCUCACUGGGAGAUGCUGAAGAGAAUGGCGCGCUACUUGUCGGGCGGUGGUGUUCCAUCAGCAGAAGAUGCGCGACCACAUUUGCAUAUGCGUUGA